CUCUGGCCCCAGAGGAGAGUGGGCGCUCUCCAAUCCGGAGCAGCGUCGGGGUCUCCCUUCGUGGCUCAGGACCUGGUAGCAUCUCCAUUUGGACUUGAGACAGAAAGUGCCAGAAGAAAGAGGCGUUUCUUCGGCCUUCUCAGAGGCUUCCUUGAGAAUUGCAGAUCCCAAUUCAGGAAGAGAGGCUGGUACCAUCACAACUGGUGAAUACUGGGAAAGGCCAGUGCAGAGAAUCCUGGGAAAAGAUGUUCUGCAAAAAUGUACAGCGCCAGCAUUUCCGGCAGUUCCCCUACCAGGAGGCCGAGGGCCCCCGAGAGGUUUGCAGCCAACUCCACAGUCUCUGCCAUCAGUGGCUGAAACCAGAGAGCCAUACAAAAAACGAGAUGCUAGAUCUGGUGAUCCUGGAGCAGUUCCUGGCCAUCCUGCCUUUGGAAAUUGGGAGCUGGGUGAGGGAAUGUGGAGCGGAAACCAGUUCCCAGGCGGUGGCCCUGGCAGAAGGCUUCCUCCUGAGCCAGGCAGAGGACAAGAAACAGGAAGGGGAGCAGGAGCAGGUUCUUUUUGCAGAACUCGGCACUGAUUCCCCUGAGGCAGAGAAGACUCCAUCCGGCAGCAGAUGCAGUCCAGAGCGAAGGAGGAUUGUGAUGGAGGAUGACAGAGGAGCCACCAUGCAGGGUGAAUGGAUGAUGCCAGCAAUACAAAUUCAGCCACCUCUUCUUCGUGGCGGAGGGAAAACAGCUACUCUGCACCCAGAUCAGGGCCCGGUGACCUUUGAGGAGGUGGCUGUGUCUUUCACGGAGGAGGAGUGGGUGCUGCUGGAUCCGGACCAGAGAGCUCUGCAUAAUGAAAUCAUGGAGGAGAAUUCAGGGAUUGUGGCCUCUCUUGGUCUGGAACCGUCUUUCCCUGGAGGUCACAAAUGGGAAGCUGAGACUGAGGGAGGCCCAUGUGAAGAGCCACCAGAAAGAGACAGAUAUGAAAUCCACACAGGGGACAGCUUGGAGUGUGGAAAGAGAUUCAGUUUUGGAACGUUCCUCAUUUCCCAGCAAAGAAUUCAUACAGGAGAGAAAGCAUACGGACACGUGGAGUGUGGAAACAGCUUAUAUGUAAGCAGAAACCUCAGUAGCCAUCAAAGAACUCACACCAGGGAGAAAUCAUAUAAAUGUGCUGAGUGUGGAAAGAGCUUCCAUGUGAAAAGAAACCUCAGAAUGCAUCAAAGAAUUCACACAGGGGAGAAACCAUAUAAAUGCUUGGAGUGUGGAAAGUGUUACAGUCACCAGAAAAAUCUCACUACUCAUCAAAGAACUCACACAGGGGAGAAACCAUAUAAAUGCUUGGAGUGUGGAAAGAGCUUCAGUGUUAGCUCAACCCUCAUUUCUCAUCAAAUAACCCACACAGGGGAAAAACCAUAUAAAUGCUUGGAGUGUGGAAAGUGCUUUAAUAGAAGCACAAACCUCACUUCUCAUCAAAGAAUUCACACAGGUGAGAAACCAUAUAAAUGUGCACACUGUGGAAGGAGCUUUAGUUUGAGCACAAGCCUCAGUAGACAUCAAAGAACUCACACAGGAGAGAAACCACAUAAAUGUGCAGAAUGUGGAAAGAGCUUCAAUAGGAGUACACUUCUCGCUUCUCAUCAAAGUAAUCACACAGGAGAAAAACCAUAUAAAUGUUCUGAUUGUGGAAAGAGCUUCAGUGUGAGCACAGGCCUCACUUGUCAUCAAAGAAUCCACACAGGGGAGAAACCACAUAAAUGUGCAGAGUGUGGAAAAUGCUUCAAUACAAGCAGAAACCUCAGUACUCAUCGAAGAAUUCACACAGGAGAGAAACCUUAUAAAUGUACAGAGUGUGGAAAGAGCUUUAGUGUGAGCACAAGCCUCAGAUAUCACCAGAGAAUUCACACAGGAGAGAAACCAUAUAAAUGUACAGAGUGUGGAAAGUGCUUCAAUAGAAACACUAACCUUACUUCUCAUCAAAGAAUUCACACAGGAGAGAAACCAUAUAAGUGCUUGGUGUGUGGAAAAAACUUCUGUCAUAAUUCAACCCUUAAAACACAUUUGAGAAUUCACACAGGGGAGAAACCAUAUAAAUGUUUUGAGUGUGGAAAGAGCUUCAGCGUUAGCACAAGCCUUACUUCCCAUCAAAUAACUCAUACAGGGGAGAAACCACAUGAAUGCUUGGAGUGUGGAAAGACUUUUAAUGUGAGCAGAAACCUCAGUAGACAUCAAAGAACUCACAAAGGGGAGAAACCAUAUAAAUAUGCAGAGAGUGGAAACAACUUCAGUUCAAGCAGAAACCUCUAUAGACAUCAGAGAAUGCAGGGGAGAGAUUGUAUAAAUGCUUGGCGUGUGGAAGGAACUACUGUCAAACUCCAAGAUCUUACACGGGGGGAAAGCGAUAUAAAUUAUUUUAGUGUAGAAGUUCCUAUAUGAAUAUAAUCCUGUAGAAGUUUUGAUAUGAGUAUAGACAUGAUUUCACAUUGCCUGGAAAAGUUUCAGUAGGAAGAUCAAUCUUCUCACCAAAUAACUCACACGGGAGAGAUGACAUACAGGUACUUGGAGUACUGAGUGAGAUUCAGUC